AUGACAGAUGGACGCGAUGGCUACGAAUUAGCUCCAGCAUGGCUCAGUAGCAAAAACUUGCAAUCUAACGGAAGAUCACGACUAAAUUCAAAACCAGCAACGGCCAGCGAUUUCUUCGCGCGUGCCCCAGUUCAAAGAAAAACAGAAAACGUCAAACGACCAAUCACCAGUACAAGUAGUCCAUCAAAUUAUCCGCCGCUAAACAAAAAUCUCGGCUUCCUGCAGAAAGGACCACAGCAUUCAUGGGGGCAAAGACAGAACAACGACCGCUUCCGAGCGGCGGCGGCGACUUCGCCAAAAGCUGAUGCAGGCUCAUCAGUAGUCGGGACCGCGCGGCUCGCCCCCAGGCGCGGUCCUGGAACAGCCCAACCCGAGCAGUUUUGGAACAAACCCAAGGGAAGACCUGGCCCUCUGUAUGCUGCAAAAACAACUCCGGAAAAGAUAAUAGUGCCUGUUAAUGCGGCUCAAUCCCAGUCGACUGGCUCGACUGGUCAGAUGCAGUCGCUAGAAACCAAAGUCUUCAAAAAGCGCAUCCCGCGCGGCUCAACCUCUUCACUUGGAAACUCGUUCGAAAACAACAAUGACGAAACGGCGAGCAGCGGUGGCGACAAUGGCGAUGACGGUGACGUCGAAAUUCCCUUUGUCGCCGUCGACAACCACACAGGGCAUGAGGUCGAAUUCUUCAAAAUGCUCGCGCAUGAUUGGGAAUCGGAGCUCAAAAACACGCAGCCGCUGUCAAGGCGUGAGAUUGAGCAGUGGGCGAUUACGCGUCCAGACAAGGCCCGGGAAAAGUUAAACAACAUGAAGGCGCGAGGACUGUUCGAUGGAUCUGUGCCGAUUCUCAGCGCCGCACUGGAAACGCUCCCGGUCUCUGUCUGA